AUCCUGACAUACCUGCUGAAAAGAGCGCUGCAGUCAAUGUGUGUUUGACUGAACCAUGUGAUAGUCCCAGUUCUAUAUUUGAGGCUAACAUAGCAAGCGGAUGGGCUGCUCAGAGUAAAGGUACAUAAGUGGAGCAAACAAAGUGAGCAACGUCGGCCGUCAGUACUAAUCACCCAGGACUGUUGGUGAGCGACUAGCUGGAACUCAGCUGUGGGAUCCAACCGGUCAGGUCCACGUUGUUGUCUGAAGGAGGGAGGAGCGGACUGGAGACAACAGUGUCAGCUGGUACAGUUUGAGUGAGGAGUAAUGAUCCUACCCCGUUCACGGUUGUCUUCUGUUUUGUGCGAAGCUUUAUUAGCAUCAGGAGAGAGCUGUCCUACAGACUUCAGGAUGAUGGGGAGCAGAUAACCUCUACUUUUUGACAUUUCUUCAACCUAAGUGAACCCACUUUCCCUUUUUUUGAAAGCCAAGUCAUUUUUCCUCUCAUUCAAUGAGCUCGUCAGGAUUUCAUGGAUUGCAGAAACUCCAGAGAAACAUCAUGCAAGUUUGUUUUAAUUUGGCCUUCUGUCCUCCUGAUACACUCCUGACAAAUAAUAAAAAAGAAUGAAAUGAAAACCAUGUGAGCAGAAAUAUUAUCCCUGUUUGUGUAGUAUUGUAACCUUGGGUUGUUGAACUUCUAUUCUGUUAUCAGAUUCCCUACCAACAUCAUCCGUUUUGUCUGGUUUGUAGGCCAUGGUUCGCAAGAAAAGUUCUUUCAUAUUAUGUGGUGCUUUCCUGUUUGUUGCCUGGAAUGCGUUGCUUCUGCUUUAUCUUUGGGGUCGACCUCCCAUUGGCCGUCUUGGAGAUGGUGGAGGAGUCGAACCGGGGGGAAAGGAGGAGUGGGGUGCUGGAAGGGGUAAAAUGGGCCAAAUCAACCUUGCAGAAGAGAUGAUUCGGCUGGCAGAAGAAGUUGAAGUUCAUCUUGAUACCCAGAAAAAGCUACUGAAGCAGAUUGAAAUUCACAGAGAAGUGUGGGCUCGGCAGAAGGAUCUUGGGAAAAGGGAAACUGGUUCUAAUAUCAAAGAAGCAGGAGACCAACAGCAACCUCAGAAAACUCUAAGACCUCUCAGAAACAGUGUGGAUGCUGUGGACCAAACUAAUACACAGAGGCCUGUUCAUGAGGUAGCACCAAGCUUACCUUUGGAAGAGCCUAGUGAGAAAAUCAGAAACAUUAAAGUGACAACUCCCAUUCCCAGCCCAAAAUUCAUUAUUCCCAUCCUGGUUAUUGCUUGUGACAGAGUCACAGUGAAGCGGAGCCUUGACCGACUCAUAUCGUACCGUCCUUCCACAGAAUUAUAUCCAAUCAUUGUUAGUCAAGACUGCGGCCAUGCAGACACAGCUCGUGUGAUUGGUUCAUAUGGAGAUCAAGUGACGCAUAUAAAACAGCCAGACCUUGCUGACAUCAAGGUCAGGCCAGAACACAGGAAGUUCCAGGGCUACUACAAAAUCGCCAGACAUUAUCGAUGGGCACUCAACCAAGUGUUCAACACCUUUUCCCAGUCUACAGUGGUCAUAGUGGAGGAUGACUUAGAGGUGGCACCAGACUUUUUUGAAUAUUUCCAAGCCCUGUAUCCCAUUUUACGCUCUGACCCCACACUAUGGUGUGUUUCUGCUUGGAAUGAUAAUGGCAGAGACGCUUUGGUUGAUCCUUCCAAAGCUGAGCUCCUUUACAGAACAGACUUCUUUCCUGGUCUGGGCUGGAUGCUGCUGAAGGAGUUGUGGGAUGAACUAGAACCAAAAUGGCCUUCAGCCUUCUGGGAUGACUGGAUGCGUCAACCUGAACAGCGCAAAAACCGCUCCUGUAUAAGACCGGAAAUCUCCCGGACUAUUACCUUUGGCAGGAAAGGGGUCAGUUUAGGUCAAUUCUUUGACCAAUACCUGCGCUAUAUUAGGCUAAACACUGAGUUUGUGCCUUUCACCAAACAGGAUUUGUCUUUUUUGCUAAAGGAGAAGUACGAUGAAAUCUUUGUUCAAGAGGUUUAUAGUGCCACCUUGGUGAAGAUUGAAGAUCUUCAGCACGGGGGUAAUUUAAAAGGACCUGGACCGUACAGGGUGCAGUACUCCAGCAGAGAUAGUUUUAAAGUCUUUGCUCGAAAUUUGGGGGUGAUGGAUGACUUAAAAUCUGGAGUUCCUCGCACAGGUUACAGAGGAGUAGUCAGCUUCUUACACCGUGGCCGAAGGGUCUUCUUGGCCCCACCAGAGGGCUGGACGCAGUAUGACGUCAGCUGGAGCUGAGAGUCGCCCAAAGUGUACAGUAAAUUUUAUUAAAGACUAAUGCUCUCUGAGACCAAAGAAUAUUUGACACAUUGAGGGCAACACAAAUGGGACUGCUCAUCAAUGAAAUAAGGUAGUGGUGAUCCUUUUCAAUAAGGGAAAACCUUUAGGGGAAAAAAACUAAACUGGUUUAAAAACACUUACUGGCAAUGUGCCUUGCUUUUUGGACCCUGUUUGUUUUUGUGUUCCGUUCUAAAUGGGAACUUCAGCAAGACUUACCAAUAUUAUUUGCAGUAGUUGCAGGUAGAAGGAAGAAGUCAGCGCAAAUAAUUCUUGAUGUGGAAAGAGACACGAGAGGUAAACUUAAAGGUCAGCAUUUGGAAAAGGAAAAUAUCUGAAAUGACUUCUAUUUUUCUCAUUUUUCUUCUUGACAGAAUGAUCCAAUUAAGACUCUGUUACUUCAGGAGUCCUUGAUACUAACUAUAAUUGUAAAUUUUUUUUAUUUAAAAUCAAAUGGAGUAACUCAGCAAGGUUUUAGGUUAUAAAAAAAUUCAGUGUUGAGCAAAGCUAUUUUUCCUUUUGAAGUCCACUAGUUUACACUACUUAUAUCCAGACAUAAAGGAAUGUGUUAAAGAAGCAGUAACACUAAUCACAUCUAGCAGCAGUAAAUUGGGACUAAAAAUACUCAACAGGCCUAUAUUGCACUCUUCUGGAAUUCUACACACGAGGCAAGUAGUACUUUAAAAUGCAACUAUUGAAAACACAAAGGCAUAGCCUUUGAUGAAUAUGUCUCACCAAAAUUGUGUUAAUUUGCUCAGAUUCCAGUAUGAAAACAACACUGUAAUAUAAAGUAUCUGAUCCUAUUUCAGGCCUACACAUUCAUAUAUUGAGCUAGUGAGUAGUUCCAAAUGAAGACCUAUUUUUCAAAUGGACAUUGUCUCAGCCUGUUACCAGUUUCUACAGGAGACAGAUAACACCUUCAUUCAAAUCAGGUAGGUUGAAGCAGGAAGAUCCAGGACCAGGGGUUCUGCCAGCCCCUGAGAAUCAGCCCUGAUUCUUAGCACAAACUCCCAAAUAUUUAUCAAAUGUUUUCCUGCUUCAACAAGCAUGACUUUAGUUGGUGAUGGAGACUUCUUUAAGAUCUGAUGACAAGCUUGUUUUGAUACAUUUGCGUUGGAGCUGGCAAACUUAAAAAACACAAAGGACACUAAUGCGGUAACCUAAGCAGUAGUGUUGAGAACUACUGGAAUAGAUACUUAUGCCAUAAAAAUUACAAGGAUUUUUUUUUUCAAAUGUAUUUCACUCGACCAGCAGCAAGUGAAAGGAUGUUCUUGGUGCAGUGAUAAUCUAUUUCAAACCACUGAGAUGGAUCAUUAGGAAUUAUUUGUUGAAAUGAAAUACCAUAUUAGAUCAGGAGUGUGUCACUGGAUGAAUAAAUGAAAUGAGGUGCUGGAAAUAAGUUUUUAAGUUAAUGUCCUGAUACAUUUUUUAAAACUGCACAUGAGACUGAACCAAGCUGGAUCAGAUCAUCCUGAUGAUGUACAUCCUGAGGCCCCGGAAUGGGAUGAAUUUUAACAAUGACAUCUAAACUCUGGUUUUUGCUGUUUUAGGUUCCAUGUAAAUCCAACAAAUGUUAUGUUUGUCCUACAGCAAACUGGAUAUUAUUAUCACUGUACUGUAAUAAACUUUGGGUUAUUAGAAUACCAUUUCUGUACGGUGAUGUGAAAAACCACUGCCGGAACUGUUUAUAACUUUAUUACAGAAUAAAUUAAAUCAAAUAUUUUGA